CCAGAGCUGACUCUUUGCCAAGAUGGAGGUGACCUGCUCUGCCCCGCAGAUGUUUACAGAGCCCCACAGGAGGGGGACUCCUCUGCCCCUGAACCCACUGGUAGAGGAAAACAGGAGCAGAGCCAACGUCCCCAAUCAUCUACUGGAAUCAAAGGUCUAUGCCAAAUUGAAAAGCAACAGCUUGAUCCAAGCAGAGCCUGCAGAAGUGCACUUCAGUGGGUUUGAGCUGGACAAGGACUACCUUAAGAUGUUGAAACUAAUCAACAUCUCAUCUGAAGUAAUGAAUAUUCACAUCAUUCCCACUCAAACCAAGCACUUCCAGACAUCUUAUACCAAAAAGUAUCGACUUAUUCCAGGUCUUGCCUAUACAGUCAAGGUCCAAUUCUGUCCUGAUGAGUGGCGGUACUUCUAUGACUGCAUUCGGGUUCACUGCAAGGGAGAGGAGAACCUGUUAAUUCCAGUUCAUGCUUACCCUGUCAUCGAUGACCUGCACAUCCCUCCUCAUAUCGACCUCCCAGCCAUACCACUUGGACAAAGUGUUAGUCAUGCUAUUCCUCUGAGAUGCAGCUGCCCCAUUGACUUUGAGUUCCAGGUGUUUGUUAUCCAGCCCAGUGAGGCCUUCUCCAUCCACCCUCUCAUAGGUGUGAUACCAGCCUGUGGUGAGGUAAACAUUAUGGUGACCUUCACUCCAGUACAGUAUGAGACGUCUCAGGUCACCAUUCAGAUCGUCGUCUCACAGUUUAACACCAAACCCUUCCUCUGCACCAUCACUGGGAGCUCCGCCCCUUAUUUAGGCAUUAGUCAUCUGGAGAGCUCGUCAGGUCACAGAGAUGUCUUGUCUGCAGAACGCAAAGGACUGGCAUCUACCACACGAGUACUUUCUCGAAGUAAACACAAAUACAGGCCAACCAAGGAAGCAAACAAACCUAAGCCUCCUGUGGACGUCUGUACCCCUGCAGGAGUGGCAAAGAUGUUGAUCAAAGACGCCAAUAAACUCAGCGCUAAAGCCCUGAGGGAAGCCAUAUCUCUUGGCGGCGCAGAAGUUCUGCAGAACAGGCAAAUGAAGGAAACUCUCUUUAUGAAAAAGGUUCAACAGAAUAUGGAGGAAGAAAAGGCCAACCGUCUCAGAUGGCAAGUUCAUCUGGGUAAACACCCCAUGUCAGAGCAAAGUAGGAGACAGAUCCUGGAGGAGAGAGAGACUGCACUGCAUGAAUACAUGGUUAAAACAGGAGAAGAAAGGCUGGAAGAAGAGUUUGCCUCUGAUAAAACUAAACUUUUCUCCAAGCGGGUGAUUUAUGAAGCAGGACAGGCCCCUGAGGGAGCCCCGUCUUUCCAGUUUUAUCCUAGUUUUCAGUGGGAGGUGAGAGAAAGAGCCCUCAAACGCUUCCAGCAGGCAGCACGCAAGGUUGUAAUCCGGUGCCGCGUGAAGCGAAGGCUGACGUGUUUGAGGAAACUGUCUGACAAUAUGAAGAAGCCCCCCUCUGCACAGAAAGAUGACAUAGAGGUGAAGCCAUGUGGUCUGAAGAUCUCUCCUGAUAAAGUCUUUCCAUUUUCAUUCCCUUCUUUCUCUGAAGAGGAUGACCCCCUGGCUGCCAGUAAUCUGAUCACCACGCUGCCUGUGGAUCCUAUUGAUGUGACUGUGACAACACAUGUUCCUUUCUUCAAGCUCCAAGUUCCCCAACAUUAUAAGCUUAUGGGGUACAAGCCUGUUUCCACCUGGGAGGCAUUUACCUCCUACAUCCCCGCUACUCUGCCCAGGCCACUGCGCUCUGAACCGACGGAAGGGGUUUUACUGCAGACGCCAGGACCUCUGUCCCCCAGACCUUUGGAGGGUGAGACAGAGGAGGAUGAGCUGAAUAAAAACCAAAACAAAGACACCGAGUCAAGUUGGGAUUGUAGUCUCACCUUCAGUGCACCUGAAUCCCUGUUCAAACCUGUUCCAGCAAACCCACUCAGAAUCUUUAAUCCAGCACCAGGCCUGCAGACCUACAAACCGACCCCGAAAUACUUGGAGAGUGAUUUGGAGUCCCACCUCUGCCCGUUGCCUAGGUAUACACUUCCUGAUGGCAACCUGUGUGAAACUCCCCACACUCAGAAACAGUUCCUGGACCACGAGGAAGUAAUCAAAGGAGUCAUGAAAUGGAAGCGUUUUGAUUCGAUCACCUUGAAUUGUCUGUCCAGUCAGCCCGCUCUCACCAGUGACUCUGCUCCAUGGAGGUCCGUCGACUACAGCGCAGAUAUACUUCCACUUAAAGUGCCCCCUCUUCUCACUGCUCCUCCUGAUGACCUGCCAGUGCUAAUGGACAAACCGUCUGAAGAAUCAGCCCUUCAACCGACACCCGACAUGAUAAGAGCUGAAUUUUUGUCUGAGGAAGCUCCAGUUUCCAAUAGCAACCUGGCUGCAGGAAUGACAGCCAGAAAAAAGAAAAAAAAGGAAUGACAGCAAGGUACCAGAUGGAGCGUCAGACAGAGGCCAGCACCAGGUCUGAACUCAGCCAGAUGGGACGAGAGUGAUGUCCAAACUGAGUCAGAAAAGAAAUGUGGAUGAUCGUACCUCACGUAAACACAUCCCAUCGCUCCUACAUGGAAAAAAAACUAACUUCAAAUAGUGUCUGCACAAAAGCACUCGAGUACAAAUAAGCAUUCCACUGCACGUGUCCCAGUCACCAAUACAAAACUCUGUGCUGUCUGUCCUGCUACUUCUAUAUUGUAAAAAAAAAAAUAGGGUUACUUUCCCACCCACCUUUAAGCUUCCCUCCCACCCACUCAAAAAUACCAAUAAGCUCCCCUUCUUUGCUCUUGCAAAGCCUGGAAAUUUGUUAUCCUUGCGCCCACUCAGAUCCGUAUAUAUGCACAGUUUUAUUCUAAGAACCACAUCACAUGGUACAGCAGCUUUCAAUUAAAUAUGAUAAUUCAUUCUGCAUUUUUAUACUGUAUGUGUAUAAGCUACUGUGCAAGUGAGUUGUGUAUAGUAUGAUUGAUUAUAUUGCAUUAUACUGUACAGUCUGUGCCAUAGUUAAUAUUUGCUGGUGUUGAUAAUUAGACCUUCCUAAUUUGCAUUCAGAGGGGGCUCUUAAGAAAUCUCUUCACAUAACAGUGAUCGGAUUUUUUAAUGUCAACAUGAGAUGUAGUGUUUGAGUUCAUAAGCUGUCAAACUGCUCUGAUGUGUCACAUGUGAUUGGCUCUUUGACUGCGAGAACGCUGCUACAGCCAGGAUUUUAUUUUCAUCAGAGACGGCAGCCUGUACCCAUACUGGCACAGAAUCCACGAUCCAUUCGCUUUCACCCCUAGAGGGAGCUCUAACUCUGCUAUUAGUACGACUCCAUGUUUGUUUGUCCUUCACUGAGUGUGUGUGGAUUCACUUAAUGACAGUGUGCUUUAGAAAAAUACAGUGCAAGUACAGUGGCUUUUUGAAUGGCUUUCACAGAUACAGAAGUGGCUCUCUGGUCAGACAGUCAAACACAUCCAGUUCUUAUAAUGAAGGUCACAUUGUUUAGACAUGGGGCUGGACUGGGGCCUAUAGCCAAACUGAUUUACUGUUAGAAUACACUGAAAUGACAGUAGAGGAUUUUAAAGGACAAGGGUUUUGCUACGACUGCAACUCUGAAAU